GUGAAGGUCUCGUGUGCUUGGCCGCCAGCGUCAUGCCUGCCUUACCUAGGUACUUACCUGGCACAUGUGUUUCCCUCUUUCUCGGGACUAUUACAGCCGCCCGAUAUGCGACUCAUCUGCUUUGCUCGCCUCUGCUCGCAUGUCUCGUCCAACAAGGCAGCAGCGAGGAGACCCUGGUUGCCUCACUUAUAACAAAACUCAGUCUAUUCGCGCCCCCUCGCGUGUCGGCAGGCUGAAAGGCACUUCUUGUUCUCAAUUUCCAUUCAUCCACAUUUUCCGUCCAGUCACUCAAUCAUCCCUCAUAUCAUCAAACCUGGCCAACAUCAAUCACCCACCCAAUGCCACCAACAGGCUUUCUCGGCCCGGCACAACCAACAACCAUAUUUAGUAGUACCCUCACUACUCCCAGUUAGGCGUGUGAUGACCAAUAAUUGGCCCGUGCUAGAUCUUGAUCUCUCUGAAUUGUGUAGCGGGCAGGUUGCAGCCAGCCGGAUUAUUCCGGCCACACUGUGAUAGCCCAAGUUGCAUCCAUCCGUCGAGGACGGACUGUUCAAGUCGAGCAGGUCGUCGUCGUGGCAGACGGCCUUGCACAACACACACACACGAUACCAUGGAUCUGGGUACUGUACUCUGAGCACAGUAUGUGUAAAUAUAUAUAUAUUUAUAUAAUUAUUUAUUUACAGGACAGGG